AGCCGCAGUGGCCGAGACGGAAGCCCAACCCGCCGACCCGCCGCCCGCACGCACGCGCGAGGCCGUCGCGCUCCUCCCCCCGCAGGCCUCACCCUUCCUCCGUUCCCCCAGAUCGAACCAAAAAGGAGGCAGCAACCACCGCACGCCACUGCGGCGCUAGGAGCUCGCAGAAGCGCCGCCCCGCGAGAGGGAGGCCAGAGAAAGGAGGAGAUCCGGCGGCAGAGCAGGUCAGUCGGAGAUGGGAGUCCCCGCGUUCUACCGGUGGCUGGCGGACCGCUACCCGCUGACGGUGUCCGACGCGGAGGAGGAGGAGCCCGUGGAGCUCGAGCCCGGCGCCUUCGUCCCCGUUGACCUCCGCCGCCCCAACCCCAACGGCCUCGAGUUCGACAACCUCUACCUCGAUAUGAAUGGCAUCAUCCACCCCUGCUUCCACCCCGAGGGCCGGCCGGCGCCCACCACCUACGACGAGGUGUUCAAGUCGAUUUUUUAUUACAUCGACCACCUCUUCGGCCUCGUCCGCCCCAGGAAGCUCCUCUACAUGGCCAUUGACGGUGUUGCUCCAAGGGCAAAGAUGAACCAGCAGAGGUCCAGGCGAUUCCGGGCUGCUAAGGACGCGGCUGAUGCGGCAGCAGAGGAGGAGAGGCUGAGGAAGGAGUUUGAGGCAGAGGGUAGGACUCUAGCCCAGAAGGAGAAGUCGGAGGCAAUCGACUCCAAUGUCAUUACUCCAGGGACGCAGUUCAUGUUUGUACUAUCUACGGCGCUUCAGUACUACAUACAGUUGAGGCUGAAUCACACGCUUGGAUGGCAGUCUGUCAAGAUAAUAUUGUCUGAUUCCAAUGUCCCUGGAGAGGGAGAGCACAAAAUUAUGUCAUACAUCCGCCUGCAGCGCAAUCUUCCUGGCUUUGAUCCCAAUACGCGCCAUUGCUUAUAUGGCCUGGAUGCUGAUUUGAUUAUGCUUGCUCUAGCAACUCAUGAGGUUCACUUCUCAAUUUUAAGAGAGGUGAUCUCCAUGCCAGGGCAACAAGAAAAAUGUUUUCUUUGUGGUCAAGCUGGGCAUUUGGCUGCUGAAUGCAGAGGUCCUAGUCAGCCUGAUAAUUCUGUGGAGCUACCUCCUAUUCAUAAAAAGAAGUACCAGUUUCUUAACAUAUGGGUGUUGCGUGAAUACCUGGCAAAGGAUUUGGAAAUUGUAGAUGCCCCCUUCAAGAUAAACUUUGAACGUCUUAUUGAUGAUUUUGUGUUUAUGUGUUUCUUUGUUGGCAAUGACUUUCUUCCUCACAUGCCAACUUUGGAAAUUCGUGAGGGUGCCAUUAAUCUUCUCAUGAGUAUCUACAGGUCGGAGUUCACAUCAAUGGGUGGUUACCUAACUGAUGGGGGUGAGGUUAUAUUGGACCGAGUGGAACAUUUCAUCCAGUCUGUUGCGGUCAAUGAAGAACAAAUUUUCCAGAAACGGGCACGCAUUCAACAGGCACGCGAGAACAAUGAAGAGAAGCAUAGAAUACAGAGGGAGAAUUCUGAGGAGAAUCAAUAUGUGGAUAAGGUGAAGUUAGGAGAGCCAGGGUACAGGGAGCGUUAUUAUGCUGAGAAGUUUAAAGAAGAGGCGGAGUCAAAACCCAUUGAUCAAGUUCGGAGAGAUGUUGUCCAGAAAUACGUGGAAGGUCUCUGUUGGGUUAUGAGAUACUACUAUCAAGGUGUUUGUUCAUGGCAGUGGUUCUAUCCCUAUCAUUAUGCGCCUUUUGCAUCUGAUCUAAAAGGCUUGGCUGAAUUGGAAAUAACCUUUUUCUUGGGUCAACCUUUCAAGCCAUUUGAUCAAUUAAUGGGAACGCUACCAGCUGCAAGCUCCAAUGCUCUGCCGAAAUACUAUGGGGAUUUGAUGACUGAUCCAGAUUCACCAUUGAAGUCUUUCUAUCCCAAAGAUUUUGAGAUAGACAUGAAUGGGAAACGUUUUGCAUGGCAGGGUAUUGCAAAAUUGCCUUUUAUUGAUGAAAUGCGUCUGCUUGCGGAGACAAGAAAACUUGAAGAUUCUUUGACAGAAGAAGAGAGAUUCAGGAACAGGACUAUGUUUGACAUAAUUUAUGUUAGAGAUACUCACCCAUUGUCCUCUCAGAUUAUGUUCCUGUAUCAGAACUACUACCAUCUAUCAAGAACAGACCCUUAUGUUAUUCCCAUUCAGCCUGCUGUUAGUGGUGGAAUGAAUGGAUUCCUAUGUUUAUCUGAAAGGAACUGGUAUAUUGUCACUGUAACUUCUCCAGUUAGGGGGUUCAAUGGCAUUGCUCAGAACAGAGUUUUGAAUGCUACCUAUCUUAAUCCUCAGUAUCACAAACACAUCCCAGAGCCUCCAGCGGGGGUCAUCAUACCUGCGAAGAUACUGAAACCUAGUGAUUUCAAACCCUUUCCUGUGUUGUGGCAUGAAGAUAAUAGUCGUCGACAAACAAGAGAAAGGCCUCAGGUUUCUGGAGCCCUGUCUGGUUCUCUCUUAGGAGCAGCUGCACACCGUCUGGUGAAAAACUCCCUCCAGAUCAAAUCUGGCAAUGCUGCUGGGUUAAUUGAUAUGCCAUACAGGGGUGCACCCUACAGCCCUGGAAACAGACCAAGGCCUGCUGGACCAUUAGGGUAUGAGAGGGGUUUUGUGGAUAAUCCAUACCAUGCACACAUGUCUAGAAGUGUUCCAAACCCUCACCCUCAGUUCUUUGGUGAUUCUCAAGCUAACAAACAGCCAAUGCGGAUACUAGAACGGCCAAACCCCCGAAGUCAUGAUGCUGGUAUCCGUGCAUCAAUGUCAAAGUUGACAAUCCGAGAAGGGCCAAGGCCUCAUCAAAAUAAUAGGAUGCAGAAUUCUGGGUACUGGCCCAAUCAACCACAUUCUAAUCACUUUGCUGGACCCCCAGCCCAGCGGCCUAUGCAGAACAUAAGUUUUAUACCUCAGCGACCUUUCCAAACUGGAGGAUUCCCGCAGCAGAGACCUGUAAAUGGGGUUCCACCACCAUUACCUCCCAGUAACUGGAUUGGGAAGCAACCAAAUGGAGGCCACACGGGUGUACCUGCAAAACACGAUCCAAGGACAGCUCCAGAUAGACAGCCUAAGCAGGAUAACCCAAGAUCACAACAGGAUAAGAGACAGCAGGCUACUACCAAGGUAUACCGUGUCAAAACUCAAGCUACUAAUGGUAAUGGUUUGUCAGAGUCAGGUAAACAGGAAGAAUCUGCAGCGUAACUGGGUUGCUUAGUUGCUGGAAAUCCACACGCAAAGUUUAAUGUGCGUGGGCAUCCUGCUAUCAGGAGAGAAUGCAGGCUCUUGGUGAUAGCAGCAGAGGGUUUCCAUGUAUCCACACUCAAUUUAUAUUCCGUUGUUGAAUUGUUUGUUGUAUUACUUGGAAAGGAGUUGGCUAAAUUUUAGGACGGGGGAUUUAGAUACAUCCUUAUUUAGUUGCUAGGACAUAGUAUGGGCAUCCACUGCUGUUGUAAAGCUGUUAGUGGGAUAGCUGAAACUGUCUUGUGCUGGCUGACUGCUGAAUAAUUUCCCUAGACCCGUCGAAGGCUGGCUCACCUGCCCUGCUGUAUCUCAUGAAAGUUGGGGGCAGAUGUGCCUGGUCUUCAACGGACCAAGGUGAAUAAACUUACCAUAAGUUUCUUUGUGUCAGAGGGAGGAGGAAGCAUUCUGACUUCUUCCUCUCGAGCUUAACAAGGGUGAAUAUUAGGACAACGAAUAUGAUCUUUUUUCUUUUCUGGGAUGCAAA